ACUCCCAUAAAUGAAGAUAUGUGAUGUUUGGACUCUUCUUCUGCUCUCCAGUGUGUUCUUUGAAUGAAACUCGGUAUCAGUGUAAAUGUGAGGGUCUGUAUGUUUGGCCAAAUGAAACGUGUCACGCAUACGAUGCCUGUGAUGUCAUCACUAAUGGUUCAUGCACAUGUAUCAAUGGCCUUCCAGCUGAUGGACAGUUCUGCCAGUUAAAAGAAGAUCUGCCUUCUGACUACGUGAUUGAUUUUGAUGUGAGCUCCUUUGACGUGUUCCUGGUGGAAUACUUGCGACAUCUCUUUACAAAUAUCAGUCUGCCUUUGACUCUGAGCAGCAGCACAAAUAUCACAGAUAUCGACAUCACUACUGUGUGUGGAUUGAAUGAAACAGAAUAUGAGUGCAAGUGUGAGGUGGAUCAUGUUUGGCCCAGUAACACCUGCAAGGCCUAUCAGGUGUGUGAUAGCAUUGUGGGAAGCACUUGUGGAUGCAUUCAGGCUCUCCCUUCAGAGGGGUCACUUUGCCAGAGAGACAUCAAUGAAUGUGAAGAUGCAGCGUCAGUGUGUGGUCAAUACUCAGACUGUACUAACAGCAUUGGGGGUUACAUGUGUUCAUGCUGGAAUGGAUUUAAUGUCUCUAAUAAAGACAGUCCUGUGAGCGUCAACAACUCUUGUCGUGAUAUUGAUGAAUGUCUGUUCAGUCCAUCUGUCUGUGGUUCAUAUUCCAACUGCACAAAUGAAAUAGGAAGUUAUAAUUGCUCAUGUUUGGAUGGUUUUACUGCAAUAAACUCAAGUCUCUAUAUCAGCAUCAACAACACAUGUGAAGAUGUGAAUGAAUGUCUAAAGUCAUCAGAGGUCUGUGGUCCAAACUCUCAUUGCAACAACUCAAUUGGGAGUUUCAACUGUUCCUGCUUGAGUGCGUUUACUGUAACAGACAGAAAUCAACCAGUCAGCAACAGUAACCCAUGCAAUGUGUCUCUGCCUCUGACUGAAUAUCUAAUUGAAAUUGAGAUCAACAGCAUUGAUAGUAGGAUCACUGAUCAGCUGAGGACUCUUCUGAUGAAUUUCAGUUUGCCCUACACAAUCAGUGACAGCACUAACAUUACAGAAAUCAACAUCACUACUGUGUGUUCUUUGAAUGAAACGCGGUAUCAGUGUAAAUGUGAGGGUCUGUUUGUUUGGCCAAAUGACACGUGUCAUGCAUAUGAUGCCUGUGAUGUCAUCACUAAUGGUUCAUGUACAUGUAUCAAUGGCAUUCCAGCUGAUGGACAGUUCUGCCAAGUUCUUUUAUCUGACUACUUGAUUGACAUUGAUGUGAGAUUCUUUGACUUUGUCAUGGUGGACUACUUACGAAAUUUUGUCAGAAAUAUCAGCCUGCCUUUGACUCUGAGCAGCAGCACAAAUAUCACAGAUAUCGACAUGAACACUGUGUGUGGGUUGAAUGGAACAGAAUAUGAGUGCAAGUGUGAGGUGGAUCAUGUUUGGCCCAGUAACACCUGCAAGGCCUAUCAGGUGUGUGAUAGCAUUGUGGGAAGCACUUGUGGAUGCAUUCAGGCUCUCCCUUCAGAGGGGUCACUUUGCCAGAGAGACAUCAAUGAAUGUGAAGAUGCAGCGUCAGUGUGUGGUCAAUACUCAGACUGUACUAACAGCAUUGGGGGUUACAUGUGUUCAUGCUGGAAUGGAUUUAAUGUCUCUAAUAAAGACAGUCCUGUGAGCGUCAACAACUCUUGUCAUGAUGUAGAUGAAUGUCUGUUCAGUCUGCCUGUCUGUGGUCCAUAUUCCAACUGCACAAAUGAAAUAGGAAGUUACAAUUGCUCAUGUUUGGAUGGUUUCACUACAGCAAACUCCAAUUUCACCAUCAGCAUCAACAACACAUGUGAAGAUGUGAAUGAAUGUCUAAAGUCAUCAGAGGUCUGUGGUCCAAACUCUCGUUGCUUCAACUCAAUUGGGAGUUUCAACUGUUCCUGCUUGAGUGCGUUUACUGUAACAGACCGAAAUCAACCAGUCAGCAACAGUAACCCAUGCAAUGUGUCUCUGCCUCUGACUGAAUAUCUGAUUGAAAUUGAGAUCAACAGCAUUGAUAGUAGGAUCACUGAUCAGCUGAGGACUAUUCUUAUGAACUUCAGUUUGCCCUACACAAUCAGUGACAGCACUAACAUUACAGAAAUCAACAUCACUACUGUGUGUUCUUUGAAUGAAACGCGGUAUCAGUGUAAAUGUGAGGGUCUGUUUGUUUGGCCAAAUGACACGUGUCAUGCAUAUGAUGCCUGUGAUGUCAUCACUAAUGGUUCAUGCACAUGUAUCAAUGGCCUUCCAGCUGAUGGACAGUUCUGCCAAGUUCUUUUAUCUGACUACUUGAUUGACAUUGAUGUGACAUUCUUUGACUUGUUCCUGGUGGACAACUUACGAAAUAUUGUCAGAAAUAUCAGCCUGCCUUUGACUCUGAGCAGCAGCACAAAUAUCACAGAUAUCGACAUGAACACUGUGUGUGGGUUGAAUGGAACAGAAUAUGAGUGCAAGUGUGAGGUGGAUCAUGUUUGGCCCAGUAACAUCUGCAUGGCCUAUCAGGUGUGUGAUAGCAUUGUGGGAAACACUUGUGGAUGCAUUCAGGCUCUGCCUUCAGAGGGGUCACUUUGCCAGAGAGACAUCAAUGAAUGUGAAGAUGCAGCGUCAGUGUGUGGUCAAUACUCAGACUGUACUAACAGCAUUGGGGGUUACAUGUGUUCAUGCUGGAAUGGAUUUAAUGUCUCUAAUAAAGACAGUCCUGUGAGCGUCAACAACUCUUGUCAUGAUGUAGAUGAAUGUCUGUUCAGUCCGCCUGUCUGUGGUCCAUAUUCCAACUGCACAAAUGAAAUAGGAAGUUACAAUUGCUCAUGUUUGGAUGGUUUCACUACAGCAAACUCAAAUUUGACCAUCAGCAUCAACAACACAUGUGAAGAUGUGAAUGAAUGUCUAAAGUCAUCAGAGGUCUGUGGUCCAAACUCUCGUUGCUUCAACUCAAUUGGGAGUUUCAACUGUUCCUGCUUGAGUGCGUUUACUGUAACAGACCGAAAUCAACCAGUCAGCAACAGUAACCCAUGCAAUGUGUCUCUGCCUCUGACUGAAUAUCUGAUUGAAAUUGAGAUCAACAGCAUUGAUAGUAGGAUCACUGAUCAGCUGAGGACUAUUCUUAUGAACUUCAGUUUGCCCUACACAAUCAGUGACAGCACUAACAUUACAGAAAUCAACAUCACUACUGUGUGUUCUUUGAAUGAAACUCGGUAUCAGUGUAAAUGUGAGGGUCUGUUUGUUUGGCCAAAUGACACGUGUCAUGCAUAUGAUGCCUGUGAUGUCAUCACUAAUGGUUCAUGUACAUGUAUCAAUGGCCUUCCAGCUGAUGGACAGUUCUGCCAAGUUCUUUUAUCUGACUACUUGAUUGACAUUGAUGUAAGAUUCUUUGACUUGUUCCUGGUUGACAACUUACGAAAUAUUGUCAGAAAUAUCAGCCUGCCUUUGACUCUUAACAGCAGCACAAAUAUCACAGAUAUCGACAUGAACACUGUGUGUGGGUUGAAUGGAACAGAAUAUGAGUGCAAGUGUGAGGUGGAUCAUGUUUGGCCCAGUAACACCUGCAUGGCCUAUCAGGUGUGUGAUAGCAUUGUGGGAAGCACUUGUGGAUGCAUUCAGGCUCUCCCUUCAGAGGGGUCACUUUGCCAGAGAGACAUCAAUGAAUGUGAAGAUGCAGCGUCAGUGUGUGGUCAAUACUCAGACUGUACUAACAGCAUUGGGGGUUACAUGUGUUCAUGCUGGAAUGGAUUUAAUGUCUCUAAUAAAGACAGUCCUGUGAGCGUCAACAACUCUUGUCAUGAUAUUGAUGAAUGUCUGUUCAGUUCAUCUGUCUGUGGUCCAUAUUCCAACUGCACAAAUGAAAUAGGAAGUUACAAUUGCUCAUGUUUGGAUGGUUUCACUUCAGCAAACUCAAGUUUCACCAUCAGCAUCAACAACACCUGUGAAGAUGUGAAUGAAUGUCUAAAGUCAUCAGAGGUCUGUGGUCCAAACUCUCAUUGCAUCAACUCAUUUGGGAGUUUCAACUGUUCCUGCUUGAGUGCGUUUACUGUAACAGACAGAAAUCAACCAGUCAGCAACAGUAACCCAUGCAAUGUGUCUCUACCACUGACUGAAUAUCUGAUUGAAAUUGAGAUCAACAGCAUUGAUAGUAGGAUCACUGAUCAGCUGAGGACUCUUCUGAUGAAUUUCAGUUUGCCCUACACAAUCAGUGACAGCACUAACAUUACAGAAAUCAACAUCACUACUGUAUGUUCUUUGAAUGAAACGCGGUAUCAGUGUAAAUGUGAGGGUCUGUUUGUUUGGCCAAAUGACACGUGUCAUGCAUAUGAUGCCUGUGAUGUCAUCACUAAUGGUUCAUGCACAUGUAUCAAUGGCCUUCCAGCUGAUGGACAGUUCUGCCAAGUUCUUUUAUCUGACUACUUGAUUGACCUUGAUGUGAGAUUCUUUGACUUGUUCCUGGUGGACAUCUUACGAGAUAUUGUCAGAAAUAUCAGCCUGCCUUUGACUCUUAACAGCAGCACAAAUAUCACAGAUAUCGACAUGAAUACUGUGUGUGGGUUGAAUGGAACAGAAUAUGAGUGCAAGUGUGAGGUGGAUCAUGUUUGGCCCAGUAACAUCUGCAUGGCCUAUCAGGUGUGUGAUAGCAUUGUGGGAAACACUUGUGGAUGCAUUCAGGCUCUGCCUUCAGAGGGGUCACUUUGCCAGAGAGACAUCAAUGAAUGUGAAGAUGCAGCGUCAGUGUGUGGUCAAUACUCAGACUGUACUAACAGCAUUGGGGAUUACAUGUGUUCAUGCUGGAAUGGAUUUAAUGUCUCUAAUAAAGACAGUCCUGUGAGCGUCAACAACUCUUGUCAUGAUGUAGAUGAAUGUCUGUUCAGUCCGCCUGUCUGUGGUCCAUAUUCCAACUGCACAAAUGAAAUAGGAAGUUACAAUUGCUCAUGUUUGGAUGGUUUCACUACAGCAAACUCAAAUUUGACCAUCAGCAUCAACAACACAUGUGAAGAUGUGAAUGAAUGUCUAAAGUCAUCAGAGGUCUGUGGUCCAAACUCUCAUUGCAUCAACUCAAUUGGGAGUUUCAACUGUUCCUGCUUGAGUGCGUUUACUGUAACAGACCGAAAUCAACCAGUCAGCAACAGUAACCCAUGCAAUGUGUCUUUGCCUCUGACUGAAUAUCUGAUUGAAAUUGAGAUCAACAGCAUUGAUAGUAGGAUCACUGAUCAGCUGAGGACUCUUCUGAUGAAUUUCAGUUUGCCCUACACAAUCAGUGACAGCACUAACAUUACAGAAAUCAACAUCACUACUGUGUGUUCUUUGAAUGAAACGCGGUAUCAGUGUAAAUGUGAGGGUCUGUUUGUUUGGCCAAAUGACACGUGUCAUGCAUAUGAUGCCUGUGAUGUCAUCACUAAUGGUUCAUGCACAUGUAUUAAUGGCCUUCCAGCUGAUGGACAGUUCUGCCAAGUUCUUACUUCUGACUACGUGAUUGACAUUGAUGUGAGAUUCUUCGACUUGGUCCUGGUUGACAACUUACGAAAUAUUGUCAGAAAUAUCAGCCUGCCUUUGACUCUGAGCAGCAGCACAAAUAUCACAGAUAUCGACAUGAACACUGUGUGUGGGUUGAAUGGAACAGAAUAUGAGUGCAAGUGUGAGGUGGAUCAUGUUUGGCCCAGUAACACCUGCAAGGCCUAUCAGGUGUGUGAUAGCAUUGUGGGAAGCACUUGUGGAUGCAUUCAGGCUCUCCCUUCAGAGGGGUCACUUUGCCAGAGAGACAUCAAUGAAUGUGAAGAUGCAGCGUCAGUGUGUGGUCAAUACUCAGAUUGUACUAACAGGAUUGGGGGUUACAUGUGUUCAUGCUGGAAUGGAUUUAAUGUCUCUUAUAAAGACAGUCCUGUGAGCGUCAACAACUCUUGUCAUGAUAUUGAUGAAUGUCUGUUCAGUCCACCUGUCUGUGGUCCAUAUUCCAACUGCACAAAUAAAUUAGGAAGUUACAAUUGCUCAUGUUUGGAUGGUUUCACUGCAAGAAACUCAAGUCUCUCCAUCAGCAUCAAUAACACAUGUGAAGAUGUGAAUGAAUGUCUAAAGUCAUCAGAGGUCUGUGGUCCAAACUCUCAUUGCUUCAACUCAAUUGGGAGUUUCAACUGUUCCUGCUUGAGUGCGUUUACUGUAACAGACAGAAAUCAACCAGUCAGCAACAGUAACCCAUGCAAUGUGUCUCUGCCUCUGACUGAAUAUGUGAUUGAAAUUGAGAUCAACAGCAUUGAUAGUAGGAUCACUGAUCAGCUGAGGACUCUUCUGAUGAAUUUCAGUUUGCCCUACACAAUCAGUGACAGCACUAACAUUACAGAAAUCAACAUCACUACUGUGUGUUCUUUUAAUGAAACUCGGUAUCAGUGUAAAUGUGAGGGUCUGUUUGUUUGGCCAAAUGACACGUGUCAUGCAUAUGAUGCCUGUGAUGUCAUCACUAAUGGUUCAUGUACAUGUAUUAAUGGCCUUCCAGCUGAUGGACAGUUCUGCCACGUUCUUUUGUCAGACUACGUGAUUGACAUUGAUGUGAGAUUCUUCGACUUGGUCCUGGUUGACAACUUACGAAAUAUUGUCAGAAAUAUCAGCCUGCCUUUGACUCUGAGCAGCAGCACAAAUAUCACAGAUAUCGACAUGAACACUGUGUGUGGGUUGAAUGGAACAGAAUAUGAGUGCAAGUGUGAGGUGGAUCAUGUUUGGCCCAGUAACACCUGCAUGGCCUAUCAGGUGUGUGAUAGCAUUGUGGGAAGCACUUGUGGAUGCAUUCAGGCUCUCCCUUCAGAGGGGUCACUUUGCCAGAGAGACAUCAAUGAAUGUGAAGAUGCAGCGUCAGUGUGUGGUCAAUACUCAGACUGUACUAACAGGAUUGGGGGUUACAUGUGUUCCUGCUGGAAUGGAUUUAAUGUCUCUAAUGAAGACAGUCCUGUGAGCGUCAACAACUCUUGUCAUGAUAAAGAUGAAUGUCUGUUCAGUCCACCUGUCUGUGGUCCAUAUUCCAACUGCACAAAUGAAUUAGGAAGUUACAAUUGCUCAUGUUUGGAUGGUUUCACUGCAAUAAACUCAAGCUUCUCCGUCAGCAUCAACAACACAUGUGAAGAUGUGAAUGAAUGUCUAAAGUCAUCAGAGGUCUGUGGUCCAAACUCUUAUUGCAUCAACUCAAUUGGGAGUUUCAACUGUUCCUGCUUGAGUGCGUUUACUGUAACAGACCGAAAUCAACCAGUCAGCAACAGUAACCCAUGCAAUGUGUCUCUGCCUCUGACUGAAUAUCUGAUUGAAAUUGAGAUCAACAGCAUUGAUAGUAGGAUCACUGAUCAGCUGAGGACUCUUCUGAUGAACUUCAGUUUGCCCUACACAAUCAGUGACAGCACUAACAUUACAGAAAUCAACAUCACUACUGUGUGUUCUUUGAAUGAAACUCGGUAUCAGUGUAAAUGUGAGGGUCUGUUUGUUUGGCCAAAUGACACGUGUCACGCAUACGUGGCCUGUGAUGUCAUCACUAAUGGUUCAUGUACAUGUAUCAAUGGCCUUCCAGCUGAUGGACAGUUCUGCCAAGUUCUUACUUCUGACUACGUGAUUGACAUUGAUGUGAGAUUCUUCGACUUGGUCCUGGUUGACAACUUACGAAAUAUUGUCAGAAAUAUCAGCCUGCCUUUGACUCUGAGCAGCAGCACAAAUAUCACAGAUAUCGGCAUGAACACUGUGUGUGGGUUGAAUGGAACAGAAUAUGAGUGCAAGUGUGAGGUGGAUCAUGUUUGGCCCAGUAACACCUGCAAGGCCUAUCAGGUGUGUGAUAGCAUUGUGGGAAGCACUUGUGGAUGCAUUCAGGCUCUGCCUUCAGAGGGGUCACUUUGCCAGAGAGACAUCAAUGAAUGUGAAGAUGCAGCGUCAGUGUGUGGUCAAUACUCAGAUUGUACUAACAGGAUUGGGGGUUACAUGUGUUCAUGCUGGAAUGGAUUUAAUGUCUCUUAUAAAGACAGUCCUGUGAGCGUCAACAACUCUUGUCGUGAUAUUGAUGAAUGUCUGUUCAGUCCACCUGUCUGUGGUCCAUAUUCCAACUGCACAAAUGAAUUAGGAAGUUACAAUUGCUCAUGUUUGGAUGGUUUCACUGCAAGAAACUCAAGUCUUUCCAUCAGCAUCAAUAACACAUGUGAAGAUGUGAAUGAAUGUCUAAAGUCAUCAGAGGUCUGUGGUCCAAACUCUCAUUGCAUCAACUCAAUUGGGAGUUUCAACUGUUCCUGCUUGAGUGCGUUUACUGUAACAGACAGAAAUCAACCAGUCAGCAACAGUAACCCAUGCAAUGUGUCUCUGCCUCUGACUGAAUAUGUGAUUGAAAUUGUGAUCAACAGCAUUGAUAGUUGGAUCACUGAUCAGUUGAGGACUCUUCUGAUGAAUUUCAGUUUGCCCUACACAAUCAGUGACAGCACUAACAUUACAGAAAUCAACAUCACUACUGUGUGUUCUUUGAAUGAAACGCGGUAUCAGUGUAAAUGUGAGGGUCUGUUUGUUUGGCCAAAUGACACGUGUCAUGCAUACGAUGCCUGUGAUGUCAUCACUAAUGGUUCAUGCACAUGUAUCAAUGGCCUUCCAGCUGAUGGACAGUUCUGCCAAGUUCUUUUGUCAGACUACGUGAUUGACAUUGAUAUGAAAUUCUUUGACUUGCUCCUGGUGGACUACUUACGAAAUAUUGUCAGAAAUAUCAGCCUGCCUUUGACUCUGAGCAGCAGCACAAAUAUCACAGACAUCGACAUGAAUACCGUGUGUGGGUUGAAUGGAACAGAAUAUGAGUGCAAGUGUGAGGUGGAUCAUGUUUGGCCCAGUAACACCUGCAAGGCCUUUCAGGUGUGUGAUAGCAUUGUGGGAAGCACUUGUGGAUGCAUUCAGGCUCUGCCUUCAGAGGGGUCACUUUGCCAGAGAGACAUCAAUGAAUGUGAAGAUGCAGCGUCAGUGUGUGGUCAAUACUCAGACUGUACUAACAGAAUUGGGGGUUACAUGUGUUCAUGCUGGAAUGGAUUUAAUGUCUCUAAUGAAGACAGUCCUGUGAGCGUCAACAACUCUUGUCAUGAUAAAGAUGAAUGUCUGUUCAGUCCACCUGUCUGUGGUCCAUAUUCCAACUGCACAAAUGAAUUAGGAAGUUACAAUUGCUCAUGUUUGAAUGGUUUCACUGCAAUAAACUCAAGCUUCUCCGUCAGCAUCAACAACACAUGUGAAGAUGUGAAUGAAUGUCUAAAGUCACUUGAGGUCUGUGGUCCAAACUCUCAUUGCAACAACUCAAUUGGAAGUUUCAACUGUUCCUGCUUGAGUGCGUUUACUGUAACAGACCGAAAUCAACCAGUCAGCAACAGUAACCCAUGCAAUGUGUCUCUGCCUCUGACUGAAUAUCUGAUUGAAAUUGAGAUCAACAGCAUUGAUAGUAGGAUCUCUGAUCAGCUGAGGACUCUUCUGAUGAAUUUCAGUUUGCCCUACACAAUCAGUGACAGCACUAACAUUACAGAAAUCAACAUCACUACUGUGUGUUCUUUGAAUGAAACGCGGUAUCAGUGUAAAUGUGAGGGUCUGUUUGUUUGGCCAAAUGACACGUGUCAUGCAUAUGAUGCCUGUGAUGUCAUCACUAAUGGUUCAUGCACAUGUAUCAAUGGCCUUCCAGCUGAUGGACAGUUCUGCCAAGUUCUUUCAUCUGACUACGUGAUUGACAUUGAUGUUAGAUUCUUCGACUUGUUCCUGGUGGACUACUUAAGAAAUGUUGUCAGAAAUAUCAGCCUGCCUUUGACUCUGAGCAGCAGCACAAAUAUCACAGAUAUCGGCAUGAACACUGUGUGUGGGUUGAAUGGAACAGAAUAUGAGUGCAAGUGUGAGGUGGAUCAUGUUUGGUCCAGUAACACCUGCAAGGCCUAUCAGGUGUGUGAUAGCAUUGUGGGAAGCACUUGUGGAUGCAUUCAGGCUCUCCCUUCAGAGGGGUCACUUUGCCAGAGAGACAUCAAUGAAUGUGAAGAUGCAGCGUCAGUGUGUGGUCAAUACUCAGAUUGCACUAACAGGAUUGGUGGUUACAUGUGUUCAUGCUGGAAUGGAUUUAAUGUCUCUAAUAAAGACAGUCCUGUGAGCGUCAACAACUCUUGUCAUGAUAUUGAUGAAUGUCUGUUCAGUCCACCUGUCUGUGGUCCAUAUUCCAACUGCACAAAUGAAUUAGGAAGUUACAAUUGCUCAUGUUUGGAUGGUUUCACUGCAGAAAACUCAAGUCUCUCCAUCAGCAUCAAUAACACAUGUGCAGAUGUGAAUGAAUGUCUAAAGUCACCUGAGGUCUGUGGUCCAAACUCUCAUUGCAUCAACUCAAUUGGGAAUUUCAACUGUUCCUGCUUGAGUGCGUUUACUGUAACAGACCGAAAUCAACCAGCCAGCAACAGUAACCCAUGCAAUGUGUCUCUGCCUCUGACUGAAUAUCUGAUUGAAAUUGAGAUCAACAGCAUUGAUAGUAGGAUCACUGAUCAGCUGAGGACUCUUCUGAUGAAUUUCAGUUUGCCCUACACAAUCAGUGACAGCACUAACAUUACAGAAAUCAACAUCACUACUGUGUGUUCUUUGAAUGAAACGCGGUAUCAGUGUAAAUGUGAGGGUCUGUUUGUUUGGCCAAAUGACACGUGUCAUGCAUAUGAGGCCUGUGAUGUCAUCACUAAUGGUUCAUGCACAUGUAUAAAUGGCCUUCCAGCUGAUGGACAGUUCUGCCAAGUUCUUUCAUCUGACUACGUGAUUGACAUUGAUGUUAGAUUCUUCGACUUUUUCCUGGUGGACUACUUACGAAAUGUUGUCAGAAAUAUCAGCCUGCCUUUGACUCUGAGCAGCAGCACAAAUAUCACAGAUAUCGACAUGAACACUGUGUGUGGGUUGAAUGGAACAGAAUAUGAGUGCAAGUGUGAGGUGGAUCAUGUUUGGUCCAGUAACACCUGCAAGGCCUAUCAGGUGUGUGAUAGCAUUGUGGGAAGCACUUGUGGAUGCAUUCAGGCUCUCCCUUCAGAGGGGUCACUUUGCCAGAGAGACAUCAAUGAAUGUGAAGAUGCAGCGUCAGUGUGUGGUCAAUACUCAGAUUGCACUAACAGGAUUGGUGGUUACAUGUGUUCAUGCUGGAAUGGAUUUAAUGUCUCUAAUAAAGACAGUCCUGUGAGCGUCAACAACUCUUGUCAUGAUAUUGAUGAAUGUCUGUUCAGUCCACCUGUCUGUGGUCCAUAUUCCAACUGCACAAAUGAAUUAGGAAGUUACAAUUGCUCAUGUUUGGAUGGUUUCACUGCAGAAAACUCAAGUCUCUCCAUCAGCAUCAAUAACACAUGUGCAGAUGUGAAUGAAUGUCUAAAGUCUCCUGGGGUCUGUGGUCCAAACUCUCAUUGCAUCAACUCAAAUGGGAAUUUCAACUGUUCCUGCUUGAGUGCGUUUACUGUAACAGACCGAAAUCAACCAGUCAGCAACAGUAACCCAUGCAAUGUGUCUCUGCCUCUGAAUGAAUAUCUGAUUGAAAUUGAGAUCAACAGCAUUGAUAGUAGGAUCACAGAUCAGCUGAGGACUCUUCUGAUGAACUUCAGUUUGCCCUACACAAUCAGUGACAGCACUAACAUUACAGAAAUCAACAUCACUACUGUGUGUUCUUUGAAUGAAACGCGGUAUCAGUGUAAAUGUGAGGGUCUGUUUGUUUGGCCAAAUGACACGUGUCAUGCAUACGAUACCUGUGAUGUCAUCACUAAUGGUUCAUGUACAUGUAUCAAUGGCCUUCCAGCUGAUGGACAGUUCUGCCAAGUUCUUUCAUCUGACUACGUAAUUGACAUUGAUGUGAGAUUCUUCGACUUGUUCCUGGUGGACUACUUAAGAAAUGUUGUCAGAAAUAUCAGCCUGCCUUUGACUCUGAGCAGCAGCACAAAUAUCACAGAUAUCGACAUGAAUACUGUGUGUGGGUUGAAUGGAACAGAAUAUGAGUGCAAGUGUGAGGUGGAUCAUGUUUGGCCCAGUAACACCUGCGUGGCCUAUCAGGUGUGUGAUAGCAUUGUGGGAAGCACUUGUGGAUGCAUUCAGGCUCUCCCUUCAGAGGGGUCACUUUGCCAGAGAGACAUCAAUGAAUGUGAAGAUGCAGCGUCAGUGUGUGGUCAAUACUCAAAUUGCACUAACAGGAUUGGGGGUUACAUGUGUUCAUGCUGGAAUGGAUUUAAUGUCUCUAAUAAAGACAGUCCUGUGAGCGUCAACAACUCUUGUCAUGAUAUUGAUGAAUGUCUGUUCAGUCCACCUGUCUGUGGUUCGUAUUCCAACUGCACAAAUGAAUUAGGAAGUUACAAUUGCUCAUGUUUGGAUGGUUUCACUGCAGAAAACUCAAGUCUCUCCAUCAGCAUCAAUAACACAUGUGCAGAUGUGAAUGAAUGUCUAAAGUCGCCUGUGGUCUGUGGUCCAAACUCUCAUUGCAUCAACUCAAUUGGGAAUUUCAACUGUUCCUGCUUGAGUGCGUUUACUGUAACAGACCGAAAUCAACCAGCCAGCAACAGUAACCCAUGCAAUGUGUCUCUGCCUCUGACUGAAUAUCUGAUUGAAAUUGAGAUCAACAGCAUUGAUAGUAGGAUCACUGAUCAGCUGAGGACUCUUCUGAUGAAUUUCAGUUUGCCCUACACAAUCAGUGACAGCACUAACAUUACAGAAAUCAACAUCACUACUGUGUGUUCUUUGAAUAAAACGCGGUAUCAGUGUAAAUGUGAGGGUCUGUUUGUUUGGCCAAAUGACACGUGUCAUGCAUAUGAUGCCUGUGAUGUCAUUACCAAUGGUUCAUGUACAUGUAUCAAUGGCCUUCCAGCUGAUGGACAGUUCUGCCAAGUUCUUUCAUCUAAAUACGUGAUUGACAUUGAUGUGAGAUUCUUCGACUUGUUCCUGGUGGACUACUUACGAAAUGUUGUCAGAAAUAUCAGCCUGCCUUUGACUCUGAGCAGCAGCACAAAUAUCACAGAUAUUGACAUGAAUACUGUGUGUGGGUUGAAUGGAACAGAAUAUGAGUGCAAGUGUGAGGUGGAUCAUGUUUGGCCCAGUAACACCUGCAAGGCCUUUCAGGUGUGUGAUAGCAUUGUGGGAAGCACUUGUGGAUGCAUUCAGGCUCUCCCUUCAGAGGGGUCACUUUGCCAGAGAGACAUCAAUGAAUGUGAAGAUGCAGCGUCAGUGUGUGGUCAAUACUCAGAUUGCACUAACAGGAUUGGGGGUUACAUGUGUUCAUGCUGGAAUGGAUUUAAUGUCUCUAAUAAAGACAGUCCUGUGAGCUUCAACAACUCUUGUCAUGAUAUUGAUGAAUGUCUGUUCAGUCAACCUGUCUGUGGUCCAUAUUCCAACUGCACAAAUGAAAUAGGAAGUUACAAUUGCUCAUGUUUGGAUGGUUUCACUGCAAGAAACUCAAAUCUAUCCAUCAGCAUCAAUAACACAUGUGAAGAUGUGAAUGAAUGUCUAAAGUCAUCAGAGGUCUGUGGUCCAAACUCUCAUUGCAUCAACUCAAUUGGGAGUUUUAACUGUUCCUGCUUGAGUGCGUUUACUGUAACAGACCGAAAUCAACCAGUCAGCAACAGUAACCCAUGCAAUGUGUCUCUGCCUCUGACUGAAUAUCUGAUUGAAAUUGAGAUCAACAGCAUUGAUAGUAGGAUCACUGAUCAGCUGAGGACUCUUCUGAUGAAUUUCAGUUUGCCCUACACAAUCAGUGACAGCACUAACAUUACAGAAAUCAACAUCACUACUGUGUGUUCUUUGAAUGAAACGUGGUAUCAGUGUAAAUGUGAGGGUCUGUUUGUUUGGCCAAAUGACACGUGUCAUGCGUAUGAUGCCUGUGAUGUCAUCACUAAUGGUUCAUGCACGUGUAUCAAUGGCCUUCCAGCUGAUGGACAGUUCUGCCAAGUUCUUUCAUCUAAAUACGUGAUUGACAUUGAUGUGAGAUUCUUCGACUUGUUCCUGGUGGACUACUUACGAAAUGUUGUCAGAAAUAUCAGCCUGCCUUUGACUCUGAGCAGCAGCACAAAUAUCACAGAUAUCGACAUGAACACUGUGUGUGGGUUAAAUGGAACAGAAUAUGAGUGCAAGUGUGAGGUGGAUCAUGUUUGGCCCAGUAACACCUGCAAGGUCUAUCAGGUGUGUGAUAGCAUUGUGGGAAGCACUUGUGGAUGCAUUCAGGCUCUCCCUUCAGAGGGGUCACUUUGCCAGAGAGACAUCAAUGAAUGUGAAGAUGCAGCGUCAGUGUGUGGUCAAUACUCAGACUGUACUAAUAGGAUUGGGGGUUACCUGUGUUCAUGCUGGAAUGGAUUUAAUGUCUCUAAUAAAGACAGUCCUGUGAGCGUCAACAACUCUUGUCAUGAUAUUAAUGAAUGUCUGUUCAGUCCACCGGUCUGUGGUCCAUAUUCCAACUGCACAAAUGAAUUAGGAAGUUACAAUUGCUCAUGUUUGGAUGGUUUCACUGCCAGAAACUCAAGUCUCUCCAUCAGCUAUAAUAACACAUGUGAAGAUGUGAAUGAAUGUCUAAAGUCAUCAGAGGUCUGUGGUCCAAACUCUCGUUGCAACAACUCCAUUGGGAGUUUCAACUGUUCCUGCUUGAGUGCGUUUACUGUAACAGACCGAAAUCAACCAGUCAGCAACAGUAACCCAUGCAAUGUGUCUCUGCCUCUGACUGAAUAUCUGAUUGAAAUUGAGAUCAACAGCAUUGAUAGUAGGAUCACUGAUCAGCUGAGGACUCUUCUGAUGAAUUUCAGUUUGCCCUACACAAUCAGUGACAGCACUAACAUUACAGAAAUCAACAUCACUACUGUGUGUUCUUUGAAUGAAACGCGGUAUCAGUGUAAAUGUGAGGGUCUGUUUGUUUGGCCAAAUGACACGUGUCAUGCAUAUGAUGCCUGUGAUGUCAUCACUAAUGGUUCAUGCACAUGUAUCAAUGGCCUUCCAGCAGAUGGACAGUUCUGCCAAGUUCUUUCAUCUAAAUAUGUGAUUGACAUUGAUGUGAGAUUCUUUGACUUGUUCCUGGUGGACUACUUACGAAAUGUUGUCAGAAAUAUCAGCCUGCCUUUGACUCUGAGCAGCAACACAAAUAUCACAGAUAUCGACAUGAACACUGUGUGUGGGUUGAAUGGAACAGAAUAUGAGUGCAAGUGUGAGGUGGAUCAUGUUUGGCCCAGUAACACCUGCAAGGCCUUUCAGGUGUGUGAUAGCAUUGUGGGAAGCACUUGUGGAUGCAUUCAGGCUCUCCCUUCAGAGGGGUCACUUUGCCAGAGAGACAUCAAUGAAUGUGAAGAUGCAGCGUCAGUGUGUGGUCAAUACUCAGAUUGCACUAACAGGGUUGGGGGUUACAUGUGUUCAUGCUGGAAUGGAUUUAAUGUCUCUAAUAAAGACAGUCCUGUGAGCGUCAACAACUCUUGUCAUGAUAUUGAUGAAUGUCUGUUCAGUCCAUCUGUCUGUGGUCCAUAUUCCAACUGCACAAAUGAAUUAGGAAGUUACAGUUGCUCAUGUUUGGAUGGUUUCACUGCAAGAAACUCAAGUCUCUCCAUCAGCAUUAAUAACACAUGUGAAGAUGUGAAUGAAUGUCUAAAGUCAUCAGAGGUCUGUGGUCCAAACUCUCGUUGCUACAACUCAAUUGGGAGUUUCAACUGUUCCUGCUUGAGUGCGUUUACUAUAACAGACCGAAAUCAACCAGUCAGCAACAGUAACCCAUGCAAUGUGUCUCUGCCUCUGACUGAAUAUCUGAUUGAAAUUGAGAUCAACAGCAUUGAUAGUAGGAUCACAGAUCAGCUGAGGACUCUUCUGAUGAACUUCAGUUUGCCCUACACAAUCAGUGACAGCACUAACAUUACAGAAAUCAACAUCACUACUGUGUGUUCUUUGAAUGAAACGCGGUAUCAGUGUAAAUGUGAGGGUCUGUUUGUUUGGCCAAAUGACACGUGUCAUGCAAAUGAUGCCUGUGAUGUCAUCACUAAUGGUUCAUGCACAUGUAUCAAUGGCCUUCCAGCUGAUGGACAGUUCUGCCAAGUUCUUUCAUCUAAAUACGUGAUUGACAUUGAUGUGAGAUUCUUCGACUUGUUCCUGGUGGACUACUUACGAAAUGUUGUCAGAAAUAUCAGCCUGCCUUUGACUCUGAGCAGCAGCACAAACAUCACAGAUAUCGACAUGAACACUGUGUGUGGGUUGAAUGGAACAGAAUAUGAGUGCAAGUGUGAGGUGGAUCAUGUUUGGCCCAGUAACACCUGCAAGGCCUAUCAGGUGUGUGAUAGCAUUGUGGGAAGCACUUGUGGAUGCAUUCAGGCUCUUCCUUCAGAGGGGUCACUUUGCCAGAGAGACAUCAAUGAAUGUGAAGAUGCAGCGUCAGUGUGUGGUCAAUACUCAGACUGUACUAAUAGGAUUGGGGGUUACAUGUGUUCAUGCUGGAAUGGAUUUAAUGUCUCUAAUAAAGACAGUCCUGUGAGCGUCAACAACUCUUGUCAUGAUAUUGACGAAUGUCUGUUCAGUCCACCGGUGUGUGGUCCAUAUUCCAACUGCACAAAUGAAUUAGGAAGUUACAAUUGCUCAUGUUUGGAUGGUUUCACUGCCAGAAACUCAAGUCUCUCCAUCAGCUAUAAUAACACAUGUGAAGAUGUGAAUGAAUGUCUAAAGUCAUCAGAGGUCUGUGGUCCAAACUCUCAUUGCAACAACUCCAUUGGGAGUUUCAACUGUUCCUGCUUGAGUGCGUUUACUGUAACAGACCGAAAUCAACCAGUCAGCAACAGUAACCCAUGCAAUGUGUCUCUGCCUCUGACUGAAUAUCUGAUUGAAAUUGAGAUCAACAGCAUUGAUAGUAGGAUCACUGAUCAGCUGAGGACUCUUCUGAUGAAUUUCAGUUUGCCCUACACAAUCAGUGACAGCACUAACAUUACAGAAAUCAACAUCACUACUGUGUGUUCUUUGAAUGAAACCCAGUAUCAGUGUAAAUGUGAGGGUCUGUUUGUUUGGCCAAAUGACACGUGUCAUGCAUAUGAUGCCUGUGAUGUCAUCACUAAUGGUUCAUGUACAUGUAUCAAUGGCCUUCCAGCUGAUGGACAGUUCUGCCAAGUUCUUUCAUCUAAAUAUGUGAUUGACAUUGAUGUGAGAUUCUUCGACUUGUUCCUGGUGGACUACUUACGAAAUGUUGUCAGAAAUAUCAGCCUGCCUUUGACUCUGAGCAGCAACACAAAUAUCACAGAUAUCGACAUGAACACUGUGUGUGGGUUAAAUGGAACAGAAUAUGAGUGCAAGUGUGAGGUGGAUCAUGUUUGGCCUAGUAACACCUGCAAGGCCUUUCAGGUGUGUGAUAGCAUUGUGGGAAGCACUUGUGGAUGCAUUCAGGCUCUCCCUUCAGAGGGGUCACUUUGCCAGAGAGACAUCAAUGAAUGUGAAGAUGCAGCGUCAGUGUGUGGUCAAUACUCAGACUGUACUAACAGCAUUGGGGGUUACAUGUGUUCCUGCUGGAAUGGAUUUAAUGUCUCUAAUAAAGACAGUCCUGUGAGCGUCAACAACUCUUGUCAUGAUAUUGAUGAAUGUCUGUUCAGUCCACCUGUCUGUGGUCCAUAUUCCAACUGCACAAAUGAAUUAGGAAGUUACAAUUGCUCAUGUUUGGAUGGUUUCACUGCCAGAAACUCAAGUCUCUCCAUCAGCAUUAAUAACACAUGUGAAGAUGUGAAUGAAUGUCUAAAGUCAUCAGAGGUCUGUGGUCCAAACUCUCAUUGCAUCAACUCAAUUGGGAGUUUCAACUGUUCCUGCUUGAGUGCGUUUACUGUAACAGACCGAAAUCAACCAGCCAGCAACAGUAACCCAUGCAAUGUGUCUCUGCCUCUGACUGAAUAUCUGAUUGAAAUUGAGAUCAACAGCAUUGAUAGUAGGAUUACUGAUCAGCUGAGGACUCUUCUGAUGAAUUUCAGUUUGCCCUACACAAUCAGUGACAGCACUAACGUUACAGAAAUCAACAUCACUACUGUGUGUUCUUUGAAUGAAACGCGGUAUCAGUGUAAAUGUGAGGGUCUGUUUGUUUGGCCAAAUGACACGUGUCAUGCAUAUGAUGCCUGUGAUGUCAUCACUAAUGGUUCAUGCACAUGUAUCAAUGGCCUUCCAGCUAAUGGACAGUUCUGCCAAGUUCUUUCAUCUAAAUACGUGAUUGACAUUGAUGUGAGAUUCUUCGACUUGUUCCUGGUGGACUACUUACGAAAUGUUGUCAGAAAUAUCAGCCUGCCUUUGACUCUGAGCAGCAGCACAAACAUCACAGAUAUCGACAUGAACACUGUGUGUGGGUUAAAUGGAACAGAAUAUGAGUGCAAGUGUGAGGUGGAUCAUGUUUGGUCCAGUAACACCUGCAAGGCCUAUCAGGUGUGUGAUAGCAUUGUGGGAAGCACUUGUGGAUGCAUUCAGGCUCUCCCUUCAGAGGGGUCACUUUGCCAGAGAGACAUCAAUGAAUGUGAAAAUGCAGCGUCAGUGUGUGGUCAAUACUCAGACUGUACUAACAGCAUUGGGGGUUACCUGUGUUCAUGCUGGAAUGGAUUUAAUAUCUCUAAUAAAGACAGUCCUGUGAGCGUCAACAACUCUUGUCAUGAUAAAGAUGAAUGUCUGUUCAGUCCACCGGUCUGUGGUCCAUAUUCCAACUGCACAAAUAAAUUAGGAAGUUACAAUUGCUCAUGUUUGGAUGGUUUCACUGCCAGAAACUCAAGUCUCUCCAUCAGCAAUAAUAACACAUGUGAAGAUGUGAAUGAAUGUCUAAAGUCAUCAGAGGUCUGUGGUCCAAACUCUCAUUGCAACAACUCCAUUGGGAGUUUCAACUGUUCCUGCUUGAGUGCGUUUACUGUAACAGACCGAAAUCAACGAGUCAGCAACAGUAACCCAUGCAAUGUGUCUCUGCCUCUGACUGAAUAUCUGAUUGAAAUUGAGAUCAACAGCAUUGAUAGUAGGAUCACUGAUCAGCUGAGGACUCUUCUGAUGAAUUUCAGUUUGCCCUACACAAUCAGUGACAGCACUAACAUUACAGAAAUCAACAUCACUACUGUGUGUUCUUUGAAUGAAACGCGGUAUCAGUGUAAAUGUGAGGGUCUGUUUGCUUGGCCAAAUGACACGUGUCAUGCAUAUGAUGCCUGUGAUGUCAUCACUAAUGGCUCAUGUACAUGUAUCAAUGGCCUUCCAGCUUAUGGACAGUUCUGCCAAGUUCUUUCAUCUAAAUACGUGAUUGACAUUGAUGUGAGAUUCUUCGACUUGUUCCUGGUGGACUACUUACGAAAUGUUGUCAGAAAUAUCAGCCUGCCUUUGACUCUGAGCAGCAGCACAAACAUCACAGAUAUCGACAUGAACACUGUGUGUGGGUUGAAUGGAACAGAAUAUGAGUGCAAGUGUGAGGUGGAUCAUGUUUGGCCCAGUAACACCUGCAAGGCCUUUCAGGUGUGUGAUAGCAUUGUGGGAAGCACUUGUGGAUGCAUUCAGGCUCUCCCUUCAGAGGGGUCACUUUGCCAGAGAGACAUCAAUGAAUGUGAAGAUGCAGCGUCAGUGUGUGGUCAAUACUCAGACUGUACUAACAGCAUUGGGGGUUACAUGUGUUCAUGCUGGAAUGGAUUUAAUGUCUCUAAUGAAGACAGUCCUGUGAGCGUCAACAACUCUUGUCAUGAUAAAGAUGAAUGUCUGUUCAGUCCACCGGUCUGUGGUCCAUAUUCCAACUGCACAAAUAAAUUAGGAAGUUACAAUUGCUCAUGUUUGGAUGGUUUCACUGCCAGAAACUCAAGUCUCUCCAUCAGCAAUAAUAACACAUGUGAAGAUGUCAAUGAAUGUCUAAAGUCAUCAGAGGUCUGUGGUCCAAAUUCUCGUUGCAACAACUCCAUUGGAAGUUUCAACUGUUCCUGCUUGAGUGCGUUUACUGUAACAGACCGAAAUCAACCAGUCAGCAACAGUAACCCAUGCAAUGUGUCUCUGCCUCUGACUGAAUAUCUGAUUGAAAUUGAGAUCAACAGCAUUGAUAGUAGGAUCACUGAUCAGCUGAGGACUCUUCUGAUGAAUUUCAGUUUGCCCUACACAAUCAGUGACAGCACUAACAUUACAGAAAUCAACAUCACUACUGUGUGUUCUUUGAAUGAAACGCGGUAUCAGUGUAAAUGUGAGGGUCUGUUUGUUUGGCCAAAUGACACGUGUCAUGCAUACGAUGCCUGUGAUGUCAUCACUAAUGGUUCAUGUACAUGUAUCAAUGGCCUUCCAGCUGAUGGACAGUUCUGCCAAGUUCUUUCGUCUAAAUACGUGAUUGACAUUGAUGUGAGAUUCUUCGACUUGUUCCUGGUGGACUACUUGCGAAAUGUUGUCAGAAAUAUCAGCCUGCCUUUGACUCUGAGCAGCAGCACAAAUAUCACAGAUAUUGACAUGAAUACUGUGUGUGGGUUGAAUGGAACAGAAUAUGAGUGCAAGUGUGAGGUGGAUCAUGUUUGGCCUAGUAACACCUGCAAGGCCUUUCAGGUGUGUGAUAGCAUUGUGGGAAGCACUUGUGGAUGCAUUCAGGCUCUCCCUUCAGAGGGGUCACUUUGCCAGAGAGACAUCAAUGAAUGUGAAGAUGCAGCGUCAGUGUGUGGUCAAUACUCAAACUGUACUAACAGCAUUGGGGGUUACAUGUGUUCAUGCUGGAAUGGAUUUAAUGUCUCUAAUAAAGACAGUCCUGUGAGCGUCAACAACUCUUGUCAUGAUAUUGAUGAAUGUCUGUUCAGUCCACCGGUCUGUGGUCCAUAUUCCAACUGCACAAAUGAAAUAGGAAGUUACAAUUGCUCAUGUUUGGAUGGUUUCACUGCCAGAAACUCAAGUCUCUCCAUCAGCUUUAAUAACACAUGUGAAGAUGUGAAUGAAUGUCUAAAGUCAUCAGAGGUCUGUGGUCCAAAUUCUCGUUGCAACAACUCCAUUGGGAGUUUCAACUGUUCCUGCUUGAGUGCGUUUACUGUAACAGACCGAAAUCAACCAGUCAGCAACAGUAACCCAUGCAAUGUGUCUCUGCCUCUGACUGAAUAUCUGAUUGAAAUUGAGAUCAACAGCAUUGAUAGUAGGAUCACUGAUCAGCUGAGGACUCUUCUGAUGAAUUUCAGUUUGCCCUACACAAUCAGUGACAGCACUAACAUUACAGAAAUCAACAUCACUACUGUGUGUUCUUUGAAUGAAACGCGGUAUCAGUGUAAAUGUGAGGGUCUGUUUGUUUGGCCAAAUGACACGUGUCAUGCAUAUGAUGCCUGUGAUGUCAUCACUAAUGGUUCAUGUACAUGUAUCAAUGGCCUUCCAGCUGAUGGACAGUUCUGCCAAGUUCUUUCAUCUAAAUACGUGAUUGACAUUGAUGUGAGAUUCUUCGACAUGUUCCUGGUGGACUACUUACGAAAUGUUGUCAGAAAUAUCAGCCUGCCUUUGACUCUGAGCAGCAGCACAAAUAUCACAGACAUCGACAUGAACACUGUGUGUGGGUUGAAUGGAACAGAAUAUGAGUGCAAGUGUGAGGUGGAUCAUGUUUGGCCCAGUAACACCUGCAAGGCCUAUCAGGUGUGUGAUAGCAUUGUGGGAAGCACUUGUGGAUGCAUUCAGGCUCUUCCUUCAGAGGGGUCACUUUGCCAGAGAGACAUCAAUGAAUGUGAAGAUGCAGCGUCAGUGUGUGGUCAAUACUCAGACUGUACUAACAGCAUUGGGGGUUACAUGUGUUCAUGCUGGAAUGGAUUUAAUGUCUCUAAUAAAGACAGUCCUGUGAGCGUCAACAACUCUUGUCAUGAUAUUGAUGAAUGUCUGUUCAGUCCACCGGUUUGUGGUCCAUAUUCCAACUGCACAAAUAAAUUAGGAAGUUACAAUUGCUCAUGUUUGGAUGGUUUCACUGCCAGAAACUCAAGUCUCUCCAUCAGCAUCAAUAACACAUGUGAAGAUGUCAAUGAAUGUCUAAAGUCAUCAGAGGUCUGUGGUCCAAACUCUCAUUGCAACAACUCCAUUGGAAGUUUCAACUGUUCCUGCUUGAGUGCGUUUACUGUAACAGACCGAAAUCAACCAGUCAGCAACAGUAACCCAUGCAAUGUGUCUCUGCCUCUGACUGAAUAUCUGAUUGAAAUUGAGAUCAACAGCAUUGAUAGUAGGAUCACUGAUCAGCUGAGGACUCUUCUGAUGAAUUUCAGUUUGCCCUACACAAUCAGUGACAGCACUAACAUUACAGAAAUCAACAUCACUACUGUGUGUUCUUUGAAUGAAACGCGGUAUCAGUGUAAAUGUGAGGGUCUGUUUGCUUGGCCAAAUGACACGUGUCAUGCAUAUGAUGCCUGUGAUGUCAUCACUAAUGGUUCAUGCACAUGUAUCAAUGGCCUUCCAGCUGAUGGACAGUUCUGCCAAGUUCUUUCAUCUAAAUACGUGAUUGACAUUGAUGUGAGAUUCUUCGACUUGUUCCUGGUGGACUACUUACGAAAUGUUGUCAGAAAUAUCAGCCUGCCUUUGACUCUGAGCAGCAGCACAAAUAUCACAGAUAUCGACAUGAACACUGUGUGUGGGUUGAAUGGAACAGAAUAUGAGUGCAAGUGUGAGGUGGAUCAUGUUUGGCCCAGUAACACCUGCAAGGCCUAUCAGGUGUGUGAUAGCAUUGUGGGAAGCACUUGUGGAUGCAUUCAGGCUCUCCCUUCAGAGGGGUCACUUUGCCAGAGAGACAUCAAUGAAUGUGAAGAUGCAGCGUCAGUGUGUGGUCAAUACUCAGACUGUACUAACAGCAUUGGGGGUUACAUGUGUUCAUGCUGGAAUGGAUUUAAUGUCUCUAAUGAAGACAGUCCUGUGAGCGUCAACAACUCUUGUCAUGAUAUUGAUGAAUGCCUGGAUAGUCCACCUGUUUGUGGUCCAUAUUCCAACUGCACAAAUCAAUUGGGAAGUUACAAUUGCUCAUGUUUGGAUGGUUUCACUGCAGAAAACUUAAAUCUCACCGUCAGCAUCAAUAAUACUUGUAAAGAUGUGGAUGAAUGUGUUGAGAUGUCAGAUGUCUGUGGUCCAAACUCAAUCUGCAACAACACUAUUGGGAGUCACAAUUGCUCAUGCUUGAGUGGAUAUAAUGUAUCAGAUCCAAAUCUCCCUAUACACAGCAAUAACACAUGCACAGAUAUUGAUGAAUGUCUGUUCAGUCCACCUGUCUGUGGUCCAUACUCCAACUGCACAAAUGAAAUAGGAAGCUACAAUUGCUCAUGUUUGGAUGGAUUCACAGCAACAAACCAAAAUCUCACCAUCAGCAUCAACAACACAUGUUUAGAUAUAGAUGAAUGUCUGUUCAGUCCAUCUGUCUGUGGUCCAAAUUCCAACUGCACAAAUGAAAUAGGAAGCUACAAUUGCUCAUGUUUGUCUGGAUUUACUACAACAAAUCCAAAUCUCACCAUCAGCAUUAACAACACGUGCAGAGAUGUGGAUGAAUGUGUUGAGAUGUCAGAUGUCUGUGGUCCAAACUCAAUCUGCAACAACACUAUUGGGAGUUACAAUUGUUCAUGCAUGAGUGGAUAUAAUGUAACUGACCCAAACCUCCCUAUAAACAGCAGUAACACAUGCACAGAUAUUGAUGAAUGUCUGUUUAGUCCAUCAAUCUGUGGUCCAGAUUCCAACUGCACAAAUGACAUAGGAAGUUACAAUUGUUCAUGUUUGUCUGGAUUCACUGCAACAAACUCAAAUCUCACCAUCAGCAACGACAACACAUGCAGAGAUGUGAAUGAAUGUGUUGAGAUGUCAGACAUCUGUGGUCCAAACUCAAUCUGCAACAACACUAUUGGGAGUUACAAUUGCUCAUGCAUGAGUGGAUAUAAUGUAUCAGAUCCAAACCUCCCUAUAAACAGCAGUAACACAUGCACAGAUAUUAAUGAAUGUCUGUUCAGUGCACCUGUUUGUGGUCCAAAUUCCAACUGCACAAAUGAAAUAGGAAGUUACAAUUGCUCAUGCUUGUCUGGAUUUACUGCAACAAACCCAAAUAUCACCAUCAGUAACAAUAACACAUGUAGAGAUGUGGAUGAAUGUGUAGAGAUGUCAGACGUCUGUGGUCCAAACUCAAUCUGCAACAACACUAUCGGGAGUUACAAUUGCUCAUGCAUGAGUGGAUAUAAUGUAUCAGAUCCAAACCUCCCUAUAAACAGCAAUAACACAUGCACAGAUAUAGAUGAAUGUCUGUUCAGUCCAUCUGUUUGUGGUCCAUAUUCCAACUGCACAAAUGAAAUAGGAAGUUACAAUUGCUCAUGUUUAUCUGGAUUCACUGCAACAAACUCAAAUCUCACAAUCAGCAACGACAACACAUGUAGAGAUGUAGAUGAAUGUCUGUUCAGUCCAUCAAUCUGUGGUCCAGAUUCCAACUGCACAAAUGACAUAGGAAGUUACAAUUGCUCAUGUUUGUCUGGAUUCACUGCAACAAACUCAAAUCUCACCAUCAGCAACGACAACACAUGCAGAGAUGUGGAUGAAUGUGUUGAGUUGUUAAAUGUUUGUGGACCAAACUCAAUCUGCAACAACACUAUUGGGAGUUACAAUUGCUCAUGCAUGAGUGGAUAUAAUGUAACUGAUCCAAACCUCCCUAUAAACAGCAGUAACACAUGCACAGACAUAGAUGAAUGUCUGUUCAGUCCAUCUGUUUGUGGUCCAUAUUCCAACUGCACAAAUGAAAUAGGGAGUUACAAUUGCUCAUGUUUGGAUGGAUUCACUAAAACAAACUCAAAUCUCACAAUCAGCAUCAACAACAUAUGCAGAGAUGUAGAUGAAUGUCUGUUCACUCCAUCAAUCUGUGGUCCAUACUCCAACUGCACUAAUGAAAUAGGAAGCUACAAUUGCUCAUGUUUGGAUGGAUUCACUGCAACAAACUCAAAUCUCACCAUCAGCAUCAACAACACAUGCAGAGAUGUGGAUGAAUGUGUUGAGAUGUCAGAUGUCUGUGGACCAAACUCAAUCUGCAACAACACUAUUGGGAGUUACAAUUGCUCAUGCAUGAGUGGAUAUAAUGUAUCAGAUCCAAACGUCCUUAUAAACAGCAAUAACACAUGCACAGAUGUUGAUGAAUGUCUGUUCAGUCCAUCAGUCUGUGGUCCAAAUUCCAACUGCACAAAUAAAAUAGGAAGUUACAAUUGCUCAUGCUUGUCUGGAUUUACUGCAACAGACUCAAAUCUCACCAUCAGCAUCAACAACACAUGCAGAGAUGUGGAUGAAUGUGUUGAGAUGUCAGACAUCUGUGGUCCAAACUCAAUCUGCAACAACACUAUUGGGAGUUACAAUUGCUCAUGCAUGAGUGGAUAUAAUGUAUCAGAGCCAAACCUCCCUAUAAACAGCAAUAACACAUGCACAGAUAUCAAUGAAUGUCUGUUCAGUCCACCAAUCUGUGGUCCUUACUCCAACUGCACAAAUCUAAUAGGAAGUUACAAUUGCUCAUGUUUGUCUGGAUUCACUGUAACAAACUCUAAUCUCACCAUCAGCAUCAACAACACAUGUGAAGAUGUAGAUGAAUGUCUGUUCACUCCAUCAAUCUGUGGUCCAUACUCCAACUGCACAAAUGAAAUAGGAAGUUACAAUUGCUCAUGUCUGUCUGGAUUCACAGCAACAAACCCAAAUCUCACCAUCAGCAUCAACAACACAUGCAGAGAUGUGGAUGAAUGUGUUGAGAUGUCAGAUGUCUGUGGUCCAAACUCAAUCUGCAACAACACUAUUGGGAGUUACAAUUGCUCAUGCAUGAGUGGAUAUAAUGUAUCAGAUCCAAACCUCCCUAUAAACAGCAAUAACACAUGCACAGACAUAAAUGAAUGUCUGUUCAGUCCAUCAAUCUGUGGUCCAUAUUCCAACUGCACAAAUGAAAUAGGAAGUUACAAUUGCUCAUGUUUGUCUGGAUUCACUACAACAAACUCAAAUCUUACCAUCAGCAUCAAUAACACAUGCAGAGAUGUGGAUGAAUGUGUAGAGAUGUCAGACGUCUGUGGUCCAAACUCAAUCUGCAACAACACUAUCGGGAGUUACAAUUGCUCAUGCAUGAGUGGAUAUAAUGAAACUGAUCCAAACCUCCCUAUAAACAGCAAUAACAUGUGUAAAGAUAUAGAUGAAUGUCUGUUCAGUCCAUCAAUCUGUGGUCCAUAUUCCAACUGCACAAAUGAAAUAGGAAGUUACAAUUGCUCAUGUUUGGAUGGUUACACUGCAUCAAACUCAAAUCUCACCAUCAGCAUCAACAACACUUGUGAAGAUAUUGAUGAAUGUCUGUUCAGUCCAUCAAUCUGUGGUCCAUAUUCCAACUGCACCAACGAAGUAGGAAGCUACAAUUGCUCAUGUUUGUCUGGAUUUACUACAACAAAUUCAAGUCUUACCAUCAGCAUCGAUAACACAUGUAGAGAUGUGAAUGAAUGUGUUGAGAUGUCAGACAUCUGCGGUCCAAACUCAAUGUGCAACAACACUAUUGGGAGUUACAAUUGCUCUUGCCUCAGCGGAUAUAAUGCAACUGAUCCUAUAAGCAGCAGUAACCCAUGCAGAGAUAUUUAUGAAUGUCUUGACUCAGAAUCAGUUUGUGGUCCAAACUCUUACUGUUACAAUUACAAUGGAAGCUUCUCAUGCUUUUGCUGGGAAGGAUACAAUGUCACAGAUGGGAAUAAAGAUAUUAGCAAAAGUAACCAAUGCAUUGAUAUUGAUGAAUGUCUGUUCAAUUCAUCUGUUUGUGGUCCAAAUUCCAACUGCACAAAUGUGAUAGGAGGCUACAAUUGCUCUUGUUUGGAUGGAUUCACUGCAACAAACCUCAGUCUCACUAUCAACAUCAGUAACACAUGCAAAGAUGUGAAUGAAUGUGUUGAGAUGUCAGACAUCUGCGGUCCAAACUCAAUGUGCAACAACACUAUUGGGAGUUACAAUUGCUCUUGCCUCAGUGGAUAUAAUGCAACUGAUCCUAUAAGCAGCAGUAACCCAUGCAGAGAUAUUUAUGAAUGUCUUGACUCAGAAUCAGUUUGUGGUCCAAACUCUAACUGUUACAAUUACAAUGGAAGCUUCUCAUGCUUUUGUUGGGAAGGAUACAACGUCACAGAUGGGAACAAAGCUGUUACUAAAAACAACCCAUGCAUUGAUAUAAACGAAUGUCUGUUCAGUCCACCAGUCUGUGGUCCAAAUUCCAACUGUACAAAUGACAUAGGAAUGUACAAUUGCUCAUGUUUGGAUGGAUUCACUGCAAUAAUCUCAAAUCUCACCAUCAGCAUCAACAACACAUGCCGAGAUGUGAAUGAAUGUGUAGAGAUGUCAGAAAUCUGUGGUCCAAACUCAAUCUGCAACAACACUAUUGGGAGUUACAAUUGCUCAUGCAGGAGUGGAUAUAAUGUAACUGAUCCAAACCUCCCUAUAAACAGCAAUAACACAUGCACAGAUAUCAAUGAAUGUCUGUUCAGUCCACCAAUCUGUGGUCCUUACUCCAACUGCACAAAUGAAAUAGGAAGUUACAAUUGCUCAUGUUUGUCUGGAUUUACUGCAACAAAUUCUAAUUUCACCAUCAGCAUCAACAACACAUGCAGAGAUGUGGAUGAAUGUGUUGAGAUGUCAAAUGUUUGUGGACCAAACUCAAUCUGCAACAACACUAUUGGGAGUUACAAUUGCUCAUGCAGGAGUGGAUAUAAUGUAUCAGAUUCAAACCUCCCUAUAAACAGCAAUAACACAUGCACAGAUAUCAAUGAAUGUCUGUUCAGUCCAUUAAUCUGUGGGCCAAAUUCCAACUGCACAAAUGAAAUAGGAAGUUACAAUUGCACAUGUUUGUCUGGAUUCACUACAGCAAACUCAAAUCUCACCAUAACUAUCAAUAACACAUGUAGAGAUGUAGAGGAAUGUGUAGAGAUGUCAGAAAUCUGUGGUCCAAACUCAAUCUGCAACAACACUAUUGGGAGUUACAAUUGCUCAUGCAUGAGUGGAUAUAAUGUAUCAGAUCCAAACCUCCCUAUAAACAGCAAUAACACAUGCACAGAUAUCAAUGAAUGUCUGUUCAGUCCACCAAUCUGUGGUCCAUACUCCAACUGCACAAAUGAAAUAGGAAGUUACAAUUGCUCAUGUUUGUCUGGAUUCACUGCAACAAACUCUAAUAUCACCAUCAGCAUCAACAACACAUGCAGAGAUGUGGAUGAAUGUGUUGAGAUGUCAGGCGUCUGUGGUCCAAACUCAAACUGCAACAACACUAUUGGGAGUUACAAUUGCUCAUGCAUGAGUGGAUAUAAUGUAUCAGAUCCAAACCUCCCUAUAAACAGCAAUAACACAUGCACAGAUAUCAAUGAAUGUCUGUUCAGUCCAUCAAUCUGUGGUCCAAAUUCCAACUGCACAAAUGAAAUAGGAAGUUACAAUUGCUCAUGUUUGUCUGGAUUCACUACAACAAACUCAAAUCUCACCAUAAGUAUCAAUAACACAUGUGGAGACAUAAAUGAAUGUCUGAUCAUUCCAUCAAUCUGUGGUCCAUAUUCCAACUGCACAAAUGACAUAGGAAGCUACAAUUGCUCAUGUUUGGAUGGAUUCACUGCAACAAACUCUAAUCUCACCAUCAGCAUCAACAACACAUGCAGAGAUGUGGAUGAAUGUGUUGAGAUGUCAAAUAUUUGUGGACCAAACUCAAUCUGCAACAACACUAUUGGGAGUUACAAUUGCUCAUGCAGGAGUGGAUAUAAUGUAACAGAUCCAACCCUCCCUAUAAACAGAAAUAACACAUGCACAGAUAUCAAUGAAUGUCUGUUCAGUCCACCAAUCUGUGGUCCAUAUUCCAACUGCACUAAUGAAAUAGGAAGUUUCAAUUGCUCAUGUUUGUCUGGAUUCACUGCAACAAACUCUAAUAUCACCAUCAGCAUUAACAACACAUGCAGAGAUGUGGAUGAAUGUGUUGAGAUGUCAAAUGUUUGUGGACCAAACUCAAUCUGCAACAACACUAUUGGGAGUUACAAUUGCUCAUGCAGGAGUGGAUAUAAUGUAUCAGAUCCAAACCUCCCUAUAAACAGCAAUAACACAUGCACAGAUAUCAAUGAAUGUCUGUUCAGUCCAUCAAUCUGUGGUCCAAAUUCCAACUGCACAAAUGAAAUAGGAAGUUACAAUUGCUCAUGUUUGUCUGGAUUCACUACAGCAAACCCAAAUCUCACCAUAAGUAUCAAUAACACAUGUGGAGACAUAAAUGAAUGUCUGAUCAUUCCAUCAAUCUGUGGUCCAUAUUCCAACUGCACAAAUGACAUAGGAAGCUACAAUUGCUCAUGUUUGGAUGGAUUCACUGCAACAAACUCUAAUCUCACCAUCAGCAUCAACAACACAUGCAGAGAUGUGGAUGAAUGUGUUGAGAUGUCAAAUGUUUGUGGACCAAAUUCAAACUGCAGCAACACUAUUGGGAGUUACAAUUGCUCAUGCAGGAGUGGAUAUAAUGUAUCAGAUCCAAACCUCCCUAUAAACAGCAAUAACACAUGCACAGAUGUCGAUGAAUGUUGGUUCAGUCCAUCAGUCUGUGGUCCAAACUCCAAUUGCACAAAUGCCAUAGGAAGUUUCAAUUGCUCAUGCUUGUCUGGAUUCACUACAACAAAUUCAAGUCUUAACAUCAGCAACAACAACAUAUGCAGAGAUGUGGAUGAAUGUGUUGAGAUGUCAAAUGUCUGUGGUCCCAACUCAAACUGCAGCAACACUAUUGGGAGUUACAAUUGCUCAUGCAGGAGUGGAUAUAAUGUAUCUGAUCCAAACCUCCCUAUAAACAGCAAUAACACAUGCACAGAUGUCGAUGAAUGUCUGUUCAGUCCAUCUAUCUGUGGCCCAUACUCCAACUGCACUAAUGAAAUAGGAAGUUUCAAUUGCUCAUGUUUGUCUGGAUUCACUACAACAAAUUCAAGUCUUAACUUCAGCAACAACAACACUUGCAGAGAUGUGGAUGAAUGUGUUGAGAUGUCAAAUGUUUGUGGACCAAAUUCAAACUGCAGCAACACUAUUGGGAGUUACAAUUGCUCAUGCAGGAGUGGAUAUAAUGUAUCAGAUCCAAACCUCCCUAUAAACAGCAAUAACACAUGCACAGAUGUCAAUGAAUGUCUGUUCAGUCCAUCAGUCUGUGGUCCAAACUCCAAUUGCACUAAUGAAAUAGGAAGUUUCAAUUGCUCAUGCUUGUCUGGAUUCACUACAACAAAUUCAAGUCUUAACAUCAGCAACAACAACAUAUGCAGAGAUGUGGAUGAAUGUGUUGAGAUGUCAAAUGUCUGUGGUCCCAACUCAAACUGCAGCAACACUAUUGGGAGUUACAAUUGCUCAUGCAUGAGUGGAUAUAAUGUAUCAGAUCCAAACCUCCCUAUAAACAGCAAUAACACAUGCACAGAUAUAAAUGAAUGUCUGUUCAGUCCAUCGAUCUGUGGUCCAAAUUCCAACUGCACAAAUCUAAUAGGAAGUUACAAUUGCUCAUGUUUGUCUGGAUUCACUGCAACAAACUCGAAUCUCACCAUCAGCGUCAGCAACACAUGCAGAGAUGUGGAUGAAUGUGUUGAGAUGUCAAAUGUUUGUGGACCAAAUUCAAACUGCAGCAACACUAUUGGGAGUUACAAUUGCUCAUGCAGGAGUGGAUAUAAUGUAUCAGAUCCAAACCUCCCUAUAAACAGCAAUAACACAUGCACAGAUGUCGAUGAAUGUUGGUUCAGUCCAUCAGUCUGUGGUCCAAACUCCAACUGCACAAAUGCCAUAGGAAGUUUCAAUUGCUCAUGCUUGUCUGGAUUCACUACAACAAAUUCAAGUCUUAACAUCAGCAACAACAACAUAUGCAGAGAUGUGGAUGAAUGUGUUGAGAUGUCAAAUGUCUGUGGUCCAAACUCAAACUGCAGCAACACUAUUGGGAGUUACAAUUGCUCAUGCAGGAGUGGAUAUAAUGUAUCAGAUCCAAACCUCCCUAUAAACAGCAAUAACACAUGCACAGAUGUCGAUGAAUGUUGGUUCAGUCCAUCAGUCUGUGGUCCAAACUCCAACUGCACAAAUGCCAUAGGAAGUUUCAAUUGCUCAUGCUUGUCUGGAUUCACUACAACAAAUUCAAGUCUUAACAUCAGCAACAACAACAUAUGCAGAGAUGUGGAUGAAUGUGUUGAGAUGUCAAAUGUCUGUGGUCCAAACUCAAACUGCAGCAACACUAUUGGGAGUUACAAUUGCUCAUGCAUGAGUGGAUAUAAUGUAUCAGAUCCAAACCUCCCUAUAAACAGCAAUAACACAUGCACAGAUAUAAAUGAAUGUCUGUUCAGUCCAUCAAUCUGUGGUCCAAAUUCCAACUGCACAAAUCUAAUAGGAAGUUACAAUUGCUCAUGUUUGUCUGGAUUCACUGCAACAAACUCGAAUCUCACCAUCAGCAUCAGCAACACAUGCAGAGAUGUGGAUGAAUGUGUUGAGAUGUCAAAUGUUUGUGGACCAAAUUCAAACUGCAGCAACACUAUUGGGAGUUACAAUUGCUCAUGCAUGAGUGGAUAUAAUGUAUCAGAGCCAAACCUCCCUAUAAACAGCAGUAACACAUGCACAGAUGUCGAUGAAUGUCUGUUAAGUCCAUCAGUCUGUGGUCCAAACUCCAACUGCACAAAUGCCAUAGGAAGUUACAAUUGCUCAUGCUUGUCUGGAUUCACUACAAAUUCAAGUCUUAACAUCAGCAACAACAACACUUGCAGAGAUAUAGAUGAAUGUCUCUUCAGUCCAUCAGUCUGUGGUCCAAACUCAACCUGCAACAACACUAUUGGGAGUUACAAUUGCUCAUGCAUGAGUGGAUAUAAUGUAACUGAUCCAACCCUCCCUAUAAACAGCAAUAACACGUGCACAGCUGUGCCAAUACCAACUAUUCUACCUACAUCUACUACAGCAGAAUCUACAACGACUUCAACAACUACUGAACCUUCAACAACAACUUCUACAUCAACAGCUGCUCCAACAACUACUACCCCUGAAACUACAACUACUACAACACCUGUUCCAACAACCACUACCCCUGAAACUACAACUACUACAACACCUGCUCCAACAACUACUACCCCUGAAACUACAACUACUCCAACACCUAUUCCAACAAGCACUACCCCUGAAACUACAACUACUCCAACACCUAUUCCAUCAAGCACUACCCCUGAAACUACAACUACUCCAACGCCUGUUCCAACAACCACUACUGUACCUGUACCUACAACUACAUCUACUACUCCAAUAGUUCCAAAACCUACUGCUGCACCUGUAAUUCCAGCUACUACUACACCAGCUGUAACGGCUAUCAAAAUGUCAUUAAAAAUAGACGAAGAUUUUUAUACUGGCCUCAAUAAGCCUGAUGAUAAAAAAUACAUUUUGUAUAAAGCAAAAAUUGAGUCAGCGGUUGAGGCCAAUUACAAAAAUGUGGCUGGCUUUGUGAAAGGCUCAGUAAAAGUCACUGGCUUCAGACCUGGUAGCGUUUUAGCAGACUACACAAUUGAUGUAGCAACUGCCAGUAGCCCCAGUAUUGAUGCAUUCGUAGCAGUAAACCAACAGGUUGCAACCACUCUCCGAACAGGAGAUCCUUCAUUCAAUAUACCUGCCAAUGCUUUUUCUCAAAGUGAAGAAACGAAAUUUUCCACUGCAGAUUGGUAUCCUCAGCAAGAUAUGGAGCUGCAAUGUACACGUCGUUUUGAUGGUUCAAUGAGUUGGACAGUUAAUGACAAACCUACAUCCGACACCACUAAAUACACCUUUUUAAACAACAAUAGCACUCUCAUUGUGAGAAACAUCAAUCAAAACGACAGAGGUCGAUACGCAUGUAUCAUAGCUAGGGCAGUACCAUACAUUCAGUGGCAAGAUAUAAGUAUUAAACCAACUCCAGUUAUCGACGUGGGUGCAAAUGUACGAUCUUUUGGGUGUGUAAACCAGAAUAUUAAUCUGACAUGCUGUGAACAAAGCAACAACACUGUGGACUGGACAACAAAAGCUCCUGAUGACGUCGUAACAACUUCAGUGGAUGGAUGCGCUACAUUAAUGCAUGCAAUCAAAACUGGAGAAUGUGGAAGUAUAGACUUUAAAUGCAGCCUCAAGAAUCCAGCACUACAAAGAUUCAGCUAUGGCAGUAAAAGUGUCACAGUUACAUUGAAAACAGGAGAAUUUAUGUGUAAAAAUGUAACACUUGGAGAUGGAGCAAAUGGUGAAAGAACAGAAGGACCAUGUUAUCCUGGCAUGGAAGGCACCAUAAUUUAUAAAUGUCAAAAUAAUAAGUGGGAGGUGGAAACCGAUAAAAACUGUGUGCUAAAAGUAUUUAAGGACCUUGAAAAGCAAUCUGAGGCCUUAAAACCACAGGACAUACCAAAUGUUGUAUCUCAGCUCAGUGCUGCUACAGUGAACAAUGAUCAAACGAUAACCCAGUCUCCUGUGACAGUGCAGACAAUUGUUAACAUACUUACAAAUGUUGCUGCUCAGUCACAAACAGUUGUCAUCAGUGAGCCUAUAAUGAAGGAUUUUAUUACAACAGUGAAUGUUCUUGUUUCAGAAGAAUCCAUUAAUUCAUGGCAAAACCUUACCAGUAACGACACAAGCGCAACACUUUUGAGCGCUGUAGAGCAAAUAAGUAGUCGUCUCACCGAAGGCAAUUUUACAAUCAGUGAAAAAGUUGUUGAGUUGAAUAGAACUGUAAUAACUUCUGAAUACAUGGGGGUAUCAAGCUUGCCAAACUCAACUACUGAGAUUCUGAUACCGCAAGUUUUUAAUGCAACCUCCUUAACAGUAAUAGUCUUCACAACACUUAAACGUAUCUUACCUGCUCGUAAUACUACUACUAAUUUUAAUAUUACUAAUAAUAAUAAUAGCAGUGGGCAAUCAGAUUUGAGAAUUGUUGGAGAUGUGGUUGUUGUAAAGGUUAAUCAAACAGUUAACAACAUUUCGUUUGCUUAUGGCCUUAAUAAUGAGACUCUGGGAAUUCCUCAGUGUGUCUUUUGGAACUUCAAUCUCAGCGUAUGGGAUUCCUAUGGAUGUGAAGCAAAGCCUUACAUAAGUAAUGGGAACGAAACAGACAUAAUCACUUGUGAAUGCAACCACACAACCUCUUUUUCAAUGCUAAUGUCACCAUUUUCCAUUGACAAUAAGGUCCUUGACUAUAUAACUUAUAUUGGUGUAGCAAUUUCAAUGGCCAGCUUGAUUUUGUGCAUCAUUAUUGAAGCUAUUGUAUGGAGGUCUACAACAAGAAAUGACACCUCCUACAUGCGACAUGUCUCCAUAGUAAACAUUGCCAUCUCCCUGCUGAUCGCAGAUGUCUGUUUUAUCAUUGGAGCUGCGAUCUCAAAAGAGCAGCCAACCCCUGCGGAUCGCUGCAGUUCAGUAGUUUUCUUCAUGCACUUUUUUUACCUGGUUCUUUUCUUCUGGAUGUUAAUUUCAGCGCUGUUGCUCUUGUACCGUACGAUUAUGGUCUUGUCCCAUAUGUCAAGAGUCAAAAUGAUGAUCAUUGCCUUUUCAGUCAGCUAUGGUGCACCUUUGCUCAUAUCAGUCAUUACAGUUGCAUCAACAGCUGGACCUCAGGUUUAUGUUUCCAAACAAGCAUGCUGGCUGAACUGGAAUGAAUCCAAGGCUCUGCUGGCAUUUGUGAUUCCAGCUCUCACUAUUGUAGCCAUAAACCUUGUGGUUUUAAUAGUGGUUCUGUCCAAGCUGUUGAGAAGAGGAGUUGGUGACGCAACUCAACCAGAUGAGAAACAUACACUGAUGGUCAUUGUCAGAUGUGUGGCCUUUUUGACUCCCAUCUUCGGUCUAACUUGGGGAUUUGGAAUUGGAACCAUGGUGUCACGUGAAUUAGGCGUUCAUGUGGUGUUCGCACUUCUUAAUUCACUGCAGGGAUUCUUUAUUUUGGUGUUUGGAGUGCUUUUGGACGGCAAGGUUCGUGAAGCACUGGCAGGAACGUUGUCACUAAGGAACCUUACCAGCUCUAACCGUACCAGGAGUACUAGUGGAGGACCAUCAUCUUCAAGUGGACUGGGUUUCUUUCAAAGGAGGAGGAGAAGACAUAUGUACAACGUGUCUGAAGCCAGUGCCCUCUCAGGACCUGCAUCUCCUAACAGUUACAGCUCAGAUCCUAUGAAUGCGUAAUCAGCUACUGCAUUAUCCAAAGUCUAUUUUAUCAAUCAUUAACCAGCCUUUUACAAAAAUUAAGAAAUCUACAAUGCAACUAUAUGUAAACUGCACUGUCUGUUAUUUUGGGAAGAGGUGUUUUUGUGUUUUCAUAUAUUAAUGAAAAUGGCUUACAAUCAACAGGUCUAAUAUUAAAUUAAGGCUAGAUUUUAUUAUAAUCUGCAGCUGGAAAGAUUUUAGUUAAAAAUAUAUGGUCACACUUUAUUUUAAGUUAAAGUUUUCACUGUUAAUAAACCACUGACUAUGACUUUUGCCUCUGUAAACUCCUAAUUUGGUUUUUAUUAAUAGUAAUUAAGGUAUUAAUUGGUUUAGGGAUUAGUUAAGAUAUAAUAAGAUCAUGCAAACCAUAUGUUUUAUAAGUACAAAUAAACAGCCAAAAUGUUAAUAAUUGGCAGGUAAGAAGCCACCAGUUAAUAGUGAGAAUUACCUAAAGUUAAAAGCUAUAUCAAUAAUAGAGGUUAAAAGAAAUUGCUUUUUUUUUUUUUUUGCAUUGAAACACUGGGCUACUCUUUUUGGGAUUUGGCAUGUCAAAUUCAUCAACUUUAGCUCAUGAUUAUAUUGUCUUGUCUGGUUUUUUAACUAAGGUUUACCCACUUCACAAUUUUCCCCCUCCCCCUUCAUUAGAAUAUAUUUUUUAAAUGUCAUGAGAAUACUUUGAGUUAAAAAGUAAGUGCAUUUAAAAAAGUAAUGCUAUAGUUUUUAGAGGUGCUCGAUGAAGAAAAUGUCUUGUUGCUUUAAUUAACCCCUUCACAUAUAUACAAGUGUCCUCUGUUAGAAAUACACUGGCUGCAUCCAAAAGGGAAAACUGGGCUGUUCUUUUGGGAAUUACUUUGUGACUACUAAAAUGCAUGUCUGUUUUAAUGUGUGAAAUAUGAAUGACAUAUGGACACACUACAUUUGCAUUGUCUUAUUGAGAUUGAUCUAACAGUGUCAGUUUUAUCACUUCACUUCUAUUAUAAAUCCAGUCCUGUGGCCUCAUGAGAGUAAAGUUUCCAUCAUGUGCACUGUUUUUGACUAGUCUUUCUGUGAAUUUAAACAUACUUUUAUGAUGUCCUGCUAUCAACUAUAUAAUAAAUAUUGUAUGAGAGUUCA